AUGUAUAAAUCGUCGAAUGAUCAGAUCGGAUAUUAUAUCGAACAAAAACCUUCAUACGAACAAUGCAUUGCUACAGAACGUGCUCCGUACAUGGGCGACUACAUGAAUGCGGCACGAAUGAGCGAUUCAACUGACCAAGGUUACAAUUACGUACCAAAUUCGAGUGCAAAUCAAACGGAUGCAAAUAUUUUAUCGCAACAACAGUCGAAUAUUUAUUACACUUAUAAUAACAGUAAUAUCCCGAAUAACACUCAACCAUGUGCACCUUAUUUUGUUAGCACUGUCCCAGGUUAG